GUCGUCCGCCGACUAUACCGCCGAACACUGGAAACGCUCACGGGAUUUUAUUUGCCUAUUUAACAUACAACGUACACAAACUACAGCACUAUCGGCUUGCAUUACCUGUACACCGAGUUAAGUGUUGACGUUACACUUGUUCUGUUACUUAAAUAUAUAUACCGUCGGUCGCGCGUUUUUCAAUAACACACUACAGCCGUGCCAUUGAAAAAUACAAAAAAUUUAUAUUUUUAUCGUCAAAAGUUUUUUAAACGCGUUCGGGUCAUAGGUUUUUUGGUUUUUUAAAAACAUUUUUUGUCCGUUAUAAUAACCGCGGGUUCGUGUUCAACUCCAGUCAUCUUCCAAAACAUACCGGAAACGGGAGACGACCAUCGGAUGUCGGUGGAACGGUCGUGACGGUAUCACGUGCCCCGGGGUUUUUCCGUAAUGACCGUGCGGACUCUGUUGCGUGCGGCCCUCUUUGCCGCCUUGGUCGCAGCGGCCGCGAGUCAAGCCGACGAAGUAGAAGUAGGCGAUUUGGUCGUACCGGCAACUACCGACCGACCGGAAAUAGUCGAAGAAGAGCAGGAAUCGAAUAAAUCGGCGUCCGACCAAGGGUUAAAGCCGACAAAGUACCACUAUUACCCACAUAACCAGCACAUAUACUUAUUGCCCGAAUGUGCUGUUCAACAGGUUUGCAAUGCCGUGUACGUCCGACUGAACUACACGCAGCCCCUGUGCGCCUGUCCGUCCAGGUACAAGGAACCAUGUUCGGCAUCCCUAAACGCUGACGACCUGCACACUACUGAGCUAUCCACAGACACUACUGGCAAAGUGUUGACACUCAUCAAAACAUGCGAACCUGUAGCCGAGAUGAGGACAUGCCGGUCGCCGAGAGACUGGUCUUUGUUAGCUUUGCAGAACGUGCGUACGGGAAAAUCUCACUACUUGGUUAUAUGCCGGUGUCCGUACACCAGUCUACUAGAAGGACCGAUGAGCCACGAUCAACCGACAUACGCCAGCGUACCUGGAAUUCGAGUGUACGGCAUGAUGUGCGUUACUAAGGGUGGUUAUUCGUCGACAUUAGCCCCCCCGCAUUCUAGCCAGGCGCCGAUAACCAAGAGAAGGGCGAGGCCUUUGAGAACUCCUCGGUCGCUGGGAUACACGAGUAGUUACGAUAGAACUAUACCACCAUUCCCGUGGCGCAAAGCUUUGCGGUUUAUCAAAUCCGUACGAGAAGAGGAAUUGCUGAAAUCCAAACAGUCCUAAUUCAUUAUAGAAUAAUAUUUUAAUAAUAAAUAUAAAAUAACUGAGUGAUCAUUAAUAUAUAUUAUAUUUAAAAAAAUAAAUAAAAGAAUCCGCUCAACAUUUUUUUCUAGGAAUUAUGAUUUUUUUUUCUUAUUCUGUAUAUAAUACAUAUAUAUUUACAUUAAAAAUUAUGAUUGUAAAACAAGGUGCUUUGUACGUUUCAAAUGUUUUUAAUGUUCUUUUGUAAAUAUUUAACGGUUAGUUAAUUGAUUAAUUUAUUUUAUUUUUAGUAAAAACAAGCUACUUGUAAAUUUAUUAGAUAGUAUUUAUUUAUAUAUUAUGUAAUUUUAGUUAAGAGUAAGUACCUUAACCUUUUUUAAUUUUGUAAUUUAUUUAAGAAAAAAACAUCUUUGUCAUAAAAUUAGUUAUAUUUCGUGAAAUGAAAACAAUAAUGAUACCUUGAGUG